AUAAUAGCAUCAGUGUCUCUCUUCACAGAAAGCAACACAGACCACUUACAAAAUGUUUAAGCUGGUGGUGUUGUCUUGCGUCUUGGCGGCGACGUCCGCAUCGGGCCUUUUCGGAGGAUAUGUGGCGCCCAUAGCGCCUCUGGCCUACGCUGCACCUUUUUGGCAACCUCAAAAUUACCGUGGACCUAUUUCUCUUGCUCCCGGUCAACCCGCUAACAUUAUUGCAGCUGACGGCAGACCUCUUGACACCCUGGACGUAAACUUGGACCGCUCUGCUCACUACACCGCUAAGGCUCUCAACAAUGGAUUCCACGUAUUGAAGAAGCGCUCUGCAGCUAUUAUCGCACCUUUUGCUGCCCCUCUCGUGUCUCCUUUUGCAUACUCUGCACCUCUUCUCCAACCUUACAACUAUCGUGGACCACUGUCCCUUGCUCCAGGGCAGCCUGCUAACAUCUUAGCUGCUGACGGCAGGCCUCUUGAUACUUUGGAUGUUAACCUGGACCGCUCUGCACAUUUCACUGCCAAGGCCCUCAACGGUGGCAUACAUCUACUCAAGAAACGCUCUGUUGCAUUCGCUCCCAUAAGUACGGUCGCCGUUGCCAGAACGCCACUGAUCGCCCACACUUACGGAUACUCGGCACCCAUAACUACUGCACAUUUUGGCCAUCCCUUCGCCUAUGCUGCCGCACCCAUCGCUCACGUGCUAUAAAAUCCGCCAUAUUUUAAUAUGUAAAUAGUUAUACAAAU